ACAGGCAAUGCAGGGGAACAAAGAUACAGUGGCAGCUGACUCCUCAUGGGGAGCAAUGCAAGCCGAAGACUGCAACCGCAGCCUGGAAGCCUGAAAGGGGAAACUGCAACUUCAGGCUCCAUGUCCACAGAAAGCAACUCAUGGAGGCUGGUGGGACUCCAUGAACCACCUGUGUGUGUGCGUGAUUGGUCCACACAGCCCUUGUGCCCUGGCCAGAGGUCUUCCCUUAGGUCCAGUAAUGGCCAGUGUCCCAGACGGCCAGUGCUCAUGUCUGUGCCUCAUGAAGGAGAACCAGAUGCUGAAGUGCCUGCUCAGUCAGGGAACCUGCCAGGACCACAGCCACCUCCUCCCCAGGGCGCCUGCCCACCCUGAGGACCGCUACCUCGGGAGCACAGUUCCGAACUUUGCGGGGCUCGCCAGCAUCCCUGAGGCAUCCUCCCAGCUGCCGCCGUCCUCCCUGGAGGACCUGCUGUGCUCACACGCACCCCUCUCCAGGGAGGAUGAAGCCUCCCAGGUGCACUUCAAGGUUUUCCUCAGCAACCCUGAGCUGCAUGUGCCCCACAGCCCCGACAGGAGGCUCUUCCCAUAGCUGAGCCCCUGGCAGGACUCGCUGAUGGACAAGACCCUGCUGGAGCCCAGGGAGAUGGUCCGACCCAAGGAGGUGUGCUUCUCGGAGAGCAGCCUGCGCACUGGGGACAGGAUCAGGAGCAGCUACUACCUGAAUGAGAUCCAGAGCUUCACCAGUGCCGAGAAGGACGGUGCCGUGGGGGAGAUUGCCUUCCAGCUGGACCGGCACAUCCUGGCCUACGUCUUCCUGGGGGUAACCCAGCUGUAUGGCCUCACCAUCUCCAACAUCCCCGAGAAGAUCAGGCAGACGUCCAUCAAGUCCCUGGACGGCUCCGUGGAUGAGAAGCAGCUGCCGCGCCUGGAGAAGCGGGGCUACAACUGUGACUUGCACCCGGUGUUCGGGGAGCCCCUCAUCAACACCUCCGGUACCCUCCAGCGUGGCCCCGCCGCGCUGUGCGAGCUGGUCAUCGGAGUAGUGCCACCCAAGGUCCUGGGCGACUCGCUGCGGCUGCUCUCCGCCUGCUGAGCCCCGCGCCUGCCCCUGCAAUAAACAUUUUGUUCCCAACCCAGGGCCGCAUGCGCCUGAAUCCUGCCCACGGGGAAGGUCUGCGCGCCCGCCAGCGCCUGGCGCAGGUGCCUCUCCAGACCUGCCACAUCCCCAGGCGCCCCCACUGCUGCACACAGCUGUGGUACUGCCGC